AUGUCGACUCGUGCCAUCCGUAGUCUCACUCUUGCUCGUGGGAGCAUCCGUGUCCAUCGAGUUGCAAAGCGCUCGAUGUUGACGUUUGGCAACGUCUCCAACGGCAACAACUUUGAGCGCAAGAUGCGACUCUACGUCGCCAAGGACGACUUGAACCGGUCGGAGAGUAUGCGGGCAUGUGCCAAGUUGCACCGCGUCGACCACAUCAAGGCCUAUUAUGGCCGCCUUCAGACCAAGAUCUCGGUCCCGCUCUGGGAGUCGGCUUGGAGCCCCUCCCGCAACGGCCAGCUCCCUGGCAUGGGUGAGACCGUUCUCAUCGCUGGAGUUCCUUACAAGGUCAUCGAUGUUGUAGUGAGCCAGUCUCGUAAGAACUUUGUUGUCACCAUGCGGCAGAUGGCAGAGGACAGCGCGUUGGUCGAUGGCCAGGACCAGACCCCAGCCCCGGUGUCGUCCCCGCCGGUGGUCGAGGUGCCGCAGCGCCCCCAUCUUGUUGCCGAUGACGACCACGCAUUGUUUGCCACCACGCCUGACGGAAGUCAGCAUGCGCCAAGCUCGCAGCUGCGCCUACAGCCGUCUUCGCCGGUUGCGACUGUUGCGACCGGCGCAACGACGAGCAUCGCAAACGACUCGGCGGCGAGCGGCACGGCUGACGCGCCGAUGAGCCGUCGAUCGCCCCGCAAGCGGAAGCAGCGUGUGCUUGACAACGUCGCGCCGUCGGUGUGCAAGAAGCGCAAGACCAACCGAGGGCGGCGAGCAGCACCGGCAUUUAUCUGGCGUGCGGAGCAGGCCGAUGUUCUCCGCGAUGUCUACAACUUGAUUGCCGUUCGCGACCCAAACGUCGAGGAGGAGCGCGACAUAGACGAUGACGAUGUCACUUACGCCGCCGAGCUUCUGGCGAUCGCAUGUGCCAACGUCGGCUGCGAGGACAACGAGGAGGCGUUCAAGUUCUGGAUGCGCCCGACCUCACGCAAGCGCAUUCUCAACAAGCUCAAGCGGAUCCGUAGCUCCCUGCAGUGGAAGCGCGCCAGCUAG